CAGGAAGGCACCUACUAUUCGCUGUGCAUCACUGCAAGCAACUGUUUAUCUAAUUGCAACCCCCACCCUUCAGUGAUGGAGUGCUCAAACCCACAAACUUAAACAUGAGACUGCUGUAGUCAUACAACGCCUAAGACACAUUAUGUACUGGCUGAAACUAAGGCAUCUCCAGCAGGCAAAGUACUAUGGUCUUCUGCUCCUCAGAAACAGAUUUUCCUCUCAGAAGCAAUUACCCAUCCUGACCCUCUUCACCAAGGAUCCAUGUCCUUUAUGUGACGAAGCCAAAGAAAUUCUUGAACCAUAUAAACACAGGUUUGUAUUACAGGAGGUAGACAUCACGUUGCCGGAAAACAGCGUGUGGUACGACAGAUACAAGCACGACAUCCCCGUGUUCCAUUUGAAUGGACAGUUUCUGAUGAUGCACCGAGUUAACACUGCCGUCCUGGAGAAGCGGUUGGCAAGAGUCGAAGAGGAGAAACACUGAAUUUAUAAUACAACAGUGUAGACCUUGCAAUGAUGAUUAAGCAAAUAGUAUU